CAGAAAUUAAUGGCCAUGAGUUCGUAUAUGGUGAACUCUAAAUAUGUGGAUCCCAAAUUUCCUCCUUGCGAGGAAUAUUUGCAGAAUAGCUACCUAGCCGAGCAGGGUUCAGAGUACUACAGUGCCUCGCAGGGCUCUGAUUUCCAGCAUCAGGGAAUCUACCCACGGUCAAACUACAGCGAGCCGCCCUUUAGCUGUAGCAAUGCCCAGGGCUCCGCCGUGCAGCCGCGGGGUCACGGGCAGGAGCAGUCCGGCCCCCCGGGCCCCUUCCCCGGGCCGGCAGAGCACUGUCCGCCGCCUCCGCUGCCCACCUCCCGCGCCUGCAGCCAGCAGCCGGCCCUCAAACCCCCAAACGGGGCAGCAGUUAAGCAGCCAGCAGUAGUUUAUCCCUGGAUGAAGAAAGUCCAUGUUAACUCGGUGAAUCCCAAUUACAACGGAGGGGAACCUAAACGCUCCCGAACAGCUUACACCAGACAGCAAGUCCUAGAACUGGAAAAAGAAUUUCAUUUUAACAGGUACCUGACUAGGCGCCGCCGUAUUGAGAUAGCCCACACUUUGUGUCUCUCUGAGCGCCAGAUCAAGAUCUGGUUUCAGAACCGAAGAAUGAAGUGGAAAAAAGAUCACAAACUGCCCAACACGAAGGGCAGAUCUUCUUCCUCUGGUUCAAACCCACAUUUACAGACUGUUUCCAAGGACCAUCAGACUGACUUGACAACUUUAUAG